AUGGAUAAAACUCCCGCUGUUCUAUUUUCAGUAGGCGGCACUCGCGCUGUGACGUCUGUAAUGUCUGAGCAAUUCUCUUCAGAAUACCCCGUCCUUUCAACAUCUACUCCACCAGAUCAACUUCCUAUAAAAGAUGAGAGUUCAGUCAUACCACAGAAUGACCCACCACCACUGGUACCGUGGAAAGCCGUAGUGAAACAUAAGAAACCUAUAAAGCAGAUACUGAAAACCAAACAUCCCGUGAAAAAGAGGUAUUUGACCGCUGGCGUGGCAGUGAAUGAAAAAAAUGCCAGACAUUUGGAAAAAGAACGGUCGCCGUUUUCCUAUCCCAAAGACAUGGAGAUAUUUGCUCAUAGUGUUAUGACUAAGGCAUGGAGAAACGACAGAAGAAUUGAAGAGUUGCAAGAUAAAUACUUCAAUAGGACCAGCUACAAGGAAAAACAGAAGUUGGACUUGCUGAAGCGACUGUACGUGGAGGAAACUCCUGCGGAGGGCAUGAGAACUGUUACUGAUAUUAACCCGAACUAUUUCAAAAUAAUUCAGGGUAGACCCAUUCCAGAGAAGCUAGACAUAAGGGAAUACAUCGAAACAGUUCGAGACUCUCUGCGGACAAAAAUUGUAAUUGGGUACCGCGAAGACGACAUAGCACUGAUAGAUGAAACACUACUACUGGAACAAACCAUAAUAGACGUCGUCAAAGAAAAUUUACAAUCUUAUGUAGACACAUUCGAAAACUUCUUGCUCGAAGACCAUUCCUCUGCGAUGAGGCUUUUGCGAGAAUCGGACGAGGUGUCCAAAAUCACAUUCAACAAGUACCUCGAGCACAACGCAGUUGCCCAAAAGCAUGCCGCCCUAAACUCUUCAUUAUUUAAUGUAGAGGACAAAUGGAGGAUGUGCAAAACUUACCAGAAAUUCUUGUACGCCGUCAGCCCCUUGUCGUGGAAAACGGAGCAGAAAUUGAGCCAACGUAGGACCAGCAUCUAUAAGCCGCAGGACCCUACUGACGAAUUCAUGGCUGGGCUCUACCGAAAGUCAAUUUUAACAAAGGGAAUCUCUCUGCAGGACAUUGUAGAUGAGUUUAUGGAAGAGACUGUUGAUGACGCGCCUCCGCUGCUCUAUUUUACUAAGCCUGAGGAGCUCAUGGACGUUUUCAGGUUCAUGGAAAUGCAGAAUCUGAAUUCCUUGUUACACACCGAACAGUUGGCUCGGCCAUUGGAGGGCAUAAAGGAUAAUAUGAAGUCAGCUGUGAAAGCAUUCGAUAAGGAAAUCAAGAACUUGCAAGAAAUUGUUGACGUUUUGGAGGGAGGGAUAUUGUGGGAAGAAAACCGCGUCAAAUAUCUGGAGGAACUUGCAACAAAUCUCAUCGAAAACGAAUUCAAGAACCUAAUAGUAGAAGAGGAUGUUCUCAACUUGCAAGUGAUAGUCGAGGAUGUUUAUGAGAAUAGAAUAGGUCCAAAUGAUGCAAACAUCAACAUUGUAGAAAUGAUGAAAGCGGUCGAGGAGUUAUACAGACGGGAACUGCUCUUCUUCGAUAUGAUACCUAGUAAAGAACUGGCAUCAUUGGAAGGCUCUUACUAUGAGGAAGAGAUUAUGAUGAUGAGAUUGGCGGAAAGAGCAGCUAAACAGUAUGAUGAAUUGGAAAGAAUUACGAAUAACAUAAGAAGAGCAUAUGAUCCUCCAGAGCAAAGAAGAACGCAAAGAGAACUGAAAAAGCGGACUCCUCCAGUAAACCCCCCAAAGAGAGUACAACCGCCUCCACGCUCUUUGACUGAAAGGGAAAAGGAUUAUCUGGAAUAUUUCACCCAGUUCUGUUUUUUCAAGGACGAUCCUAAGGAGUAUGGAAUAGACACAUCUUCAGAUUCAGUAGAGAAGAAGCUAUCGAUAAUACCUAAAAAGUCGUCUUUGGAAAAUAGUUUGGAGGAUACCUAG